UCGCAGAAGAUUAGUAAUGGAGCCAGCGACCGACGCGAACGGUCCAGUCAGAGGAGCAGCCAUGGAUCACCGCGAAGAUCACUCUACAACUUCUUUGCUGGAAUUAGUUCCAAGUCUGGAGCACUCGAUCGUUGGAAUACUCAAUCAUAACGGCGAGCUAAACGAGCAGGAUUCAGAUAGCGCUAAGAACGGUUGUGUAGACGGAAAGAGCUCCCCGACAGAGCACAGGAAGAUUGAUACUGUUUCUCUUGAUGAUGAAGAUAGAAAGGCUAGUGAUAGCCAAGGCGUCAAACAGAAGCGCCAUCGCACUCGUUUCACACCGGCUCAACUAAACGAGCUCGAGAGGUGUUUCGCUCGAACGCACUACCCAGACGUUUUCAUGAGAGAAGACCUCGCCGCGCGCAUUGGUCUGACCGAGUCGAGAGUUCAGGUCUGGUUUCAAAAUCGACGCGCUAAAUGGAAGAAACGAAAGAAGACAGCUGCAAUUCUUCGACCUCCUGCACCGAUUCUUCCGUCUCACAUGGCCCAGGCCUACAACCCCAGCCCCAUUGGCGACUCCUUAUGCACUUUCCACAAUGAUCACAGAUGGCCCAGCACAAUGGGCACGGCAAUGCCAACGAUGGCUCCAGUCACUACUCCUUCUCUUCCUCUCUCCCCACCGCAUCAUCCAUUCGCACAGACUGGACAUGAGGUUCUUCCACAGACAUACUCACACCAGGGUUCUAUGCCCAGAUCACAUUUGAGCAUGUCCAUCCAACAACAGGCCACCCCACCAGCCCAACAGACCUUUCAACAACCGUUUGGCGGGGCCAGGGAAAUGCCCAUUUCAUCUUCGCCUUCUCUACAAGAUAUCCAAUGCAGCAUUCCCAAUGGCGGAGAGUUGUGGCGUGGUUCAAGUAUAGCUUCGUUACGGAGAAAAGCCUUGGAACACAAGGCGGCUUUUACGUAUAGAUAAGUAAAAGGUUCAGUACCUCCUCUACGAUAUUGACAGAAUUACUGUCGCAAUAUUGAACCCUAAAUUAGUACAAGGGACAAAAAGAGAAUCACCGGACACUUCUUGUAACGUUUAGUUCAAUAUACCUACAAUUAAGAAAUUUCUAAAAUAUUUUAAAUUACCACUUUCUUUAUGUCGGGUUUGCCGAGAGAAAUUCUCAUCAUGUUUCUUCAUUUGCUUCUCAGACACAAGAUCAUCCAGUGAAAAUAUAGAUAUAUAGAAUUUUCUCGAAACUCUUUUUUCACCAUAUCAUUUGCCAAAGAAGCGGAAUCAAAAUUCAUAGCCAAGAAGAGCACGUAAUGAAAGGGUCAUUAACCUUGGACUGAUGAUUUAAUUGUUGCAAAGACAAAAGUUCCUCCAUCAAAAUUAUACAGAAAAUAUAGGAAUGUUUAGAUAGUUCCAUAUAGCACUAACUCGCUACUCUUUUCAUUUCAACAUUACUCAAAAUCUUAGCAUCGCAUUUUUUUUGUUUGUUUGUGUCAGCCAAGCUCGCCAGUUUGUCAAGUUUUAUCGCACAGAAACUUUGGAAUGAGUGUGAAUAUUGCUUCAAAUGCUAAACAAGGACGAAAUUUUUUGAGGCCCUUUUACCCGUGAAAUUGAACUUUGAAUCACGGCUUCGCUCCGAAAAAUGAAGAUUCCAUUCAUACUGUCAUUCCACCACAAAAAUUUCAACGUAAAUCGAACCAUCGAAAUUACAGACAAAUGACUGAAAGUUUCAGCAAACAUUUCAAAUAUUUCUCAAGAACUGUGAAGAGACCUACCUAUCUGUGAAGAAAUUUUUUUUCUCAUAAUCUUGAAUUUACAGAGAGUACUGUAAAACUGUUACCAACUAAAACGUAUGAGGUACAGACUAGACAAGGCUGGCUGGCAGGUGAGCCUCCAACCGGUCCAACACCACUGUGAUAAAUUUACGUUUGUUUAUGGCUCACAUGCUAUAAUAAAUUCCCUUCAAUUUUCCUUAUAUUGCAAAUACCAAAAAUUAAUUCAAACCUCAACAAGAAAAGACACAGACAGGAGAUACUUGUGUUCCCGAUUCAAUCAGUUCAUUCUUUUAUAAUUAUGUAAUGUCAUUUCAUAGAGAGAAAAGAAACACUCACAUGCUUCCAAUUAUGUUUUGGCUAAGACCCUGUAUAUAAUGAAAGAACUAUACUAUUGAUUAUACUGUCGCUAAAUAUACAUAUAAAUUUCCGCUGGAAACCCGUAUGGUAGUAUAAUAGAAGGAUUAAGGCAUUUCUGAGGUAAAAUAGUCAAUCAACUGAGCCUUUCCACAUCCUACAGACAACACUUCAACAGAUUUCAACUUACAAUAAUUCAGCGCGAUUUAGAAGAAUUUUCUCGACACCCAUUUAAUUCGAUAAUUGCAGUUCUCAUUUGACAAAUGCAAGCUAGUUAAUUUCCAAGGGCAACUUUUUUAUGACUUUACUUAAAGGGACGCUUUUAGGGUUGAACUUUGAUUCGAUUUCCAGAUGGAACUAAAUCAAUCUCACGAACAGCACAGUAUAUUCCAUGCAUAUCCAGGCACCAUAGUUACAACUUCAGGAAAAGCUAUGUUAGCCAAUUUUAUAUCUUUCUCAUUUUCUUUAUAUCAUUUUCAUAUCUUUCAUACGUUAAUCGCUCUCCCAACUAAAACAACUUCAACUGAUGAGGAAGAAAGCUUUCGCUUUUAUUUGAAAAAAAAAAAAAACUGAUCCACCAACAUGACAAACCAUUAAGAAAACUCUGCCUUGUCUCGGUUUGAUGGAAGAAGGUAUGUUCCAUCCACGUAUUCCAACCUAUCCUUUGACUUGCUGCGUAACAUCGCUACAAGCUUGACCUUUCAACUCUCUCUUUAUCAUCUUUGCGAACUUCAUGGGAUAAGUUGUGAAAAUUUAAACCUGUGCUUAGGAGAGAAUCGCUUUUAAAGUUGUUCAUUUACAAUUUGCACCUCAGUCGCAUAAAUUCUUCAAAAGCAUAGUAACGAAGACAAAAGGAACAUUUUCCCGCAACUACGUAAGAACAAUAAUAAAUAAAGGUAAAGUGGCCAGAAAGUCAUUAGGACGGGCACACAAUUACAAUAGAUUAUUUAAUUGCUAUUUAAGAUAGUAUAAACUAUUUAAGUUCUUUCUGCCUGUGAUAAAAUCACGGUGCGUAGGUAUUUUGGGAUCAACAUUUGCCUCGGGCAACAUUUUGAUUGACGACAGAGCGGGUCACCAAAGACUAAGAGCUUAUCAGGAGAAAUGGUCAAUCCAGCGUGUAAUUACUAAACGAAGUCCAAUUUCAAAUAAAGCUUUAUGACCUGA